AAUACUCUGGGCUGUGCAGUGGAGGCUUUUAUUUUGACAGCGAGACUUUUUACCCGGAAAACACUCACUGAUCACAGCAACACAUUACUCGUGCACAGUCAAAGGUCCAGGUAGUAGACUUUGUGAUGUUGAGGAGUGUGUUCAGGUGCCUUAGGACCAAUCCUGUCGCAGGACAAAGGAGCAUGUCUCAGAGCAGCCUUGCUGGAAAGGUAGCCAUAGUCACAGCCUCGACAGCUGGAAUUGGUCUGGCUACAGCUCAGGCUCUGGGAAAGAGAGGAGCACACGUGGUGGUGAGCAGCCGGCGGCAGGCCAACGUGGACAAAACUGUUGCCCUGCUGCAGAGUGAGAGCAUCCAGGUGACCGGGACUACCUGUAAUGUCGACAAAGAAGAAGACAGAGAAAAACUGGUUCAAAUGACUUUGGAUCAGUUUGGGGGCAUUGAUAUCCUGGUAUCAAACGCAGCAGUGAACCCUUUCUUUGGAAACAUAUUGGACACCUCAGAGGACGUUUGGGACAAGAUCAUGUCUGUAAAUGUGAAAGCAGCCUACCUCAUGACGAAGCUGGUGGUGCCUCAUAUGACAAAGAGAGGAGGGGGAAGUGUGGUAUUCGUGUCUUCUAUAGCCGGAUACCAACCUAUUCAGGGCCUGGGUGCCUACAGUGUGAGUAAGACAGCAUUGCUGGGUCUGACCCGAGCGCUUGCUCCUGAGCUCGCUCAGGACAACAUACGGGUCAACUGUGUUGCACCUGGAGUCAUCAAAACCCGCUUCAGCUCUUCAUUGUGGAAAAAUGAGGACAUCAUGGAUGGGUAUAAACAGCUGAUGAGCAUUAAAAGAAUCGGAGAACCAGAGGAAAUAGGGGGAGUGGUUGCCUUCUUGUGCUCUGACGACGCCUCCUACAUCACUGGAGAAACCAUCACAGCGACCGGCGGGAUCAGCUGUCGACUCUGAAGCGCCGCUGGCAAAAAAAGGGGGAUGCAAUUAAUCCUCUCUGCUACUUUGUGUUGAUACUUGAGAUUAUUUGUGUCUUUGUACAGAUUUGUAAACAAGAUAUGACAAUUUGUACCCACAGCUGUUCUAAAUUACAAACUACAAACUCAGAAACCCGGCCUCCUAAAGCUGUGACAUCAUUAUUUUCUAAUUCUUGUGAUAAGCUGCUCUUGUUUUUUUCAUGCAGUCAAUUAGACGUGCUCCUGUUUCAUGGAAAUUGUAUAGCUUAAUAUUAGGGUUGCAAAAUUCCGUGAAUUUUCAAAGUUGGAAACUAUAACAUCUAUUUAUGGGAAUAAACCAUCAAUUUACUGAAUUAAA